AAACAAAGGUUGCGGGAAAAUACGUAAAAUAAAAGCUAAUAUAUUAUUUGAUUCGUCCAGAGUUGAAUUUUAAAGAUAGAGAAAGGAAAUCGAAUUAAAAUCUUCGUCAGAUUCGAGAGACGACGACGACGAACUUGUUGUUCUCGAUUAUCAUCAGCAGCUCCCUUCAAAAACCCUAACUCUCUGAGCUCGAUCGACAAGUGAUAAUGGCCAACAGUAAUUUGCCGCGAAGAAUCAUCAAGGAAACUCAACGUCUGCUCAGUGAACCGGGUAAAAAACUCUUUAAUUCGUCCUGCCUUGUUGAGUUAUAGUGUUGAUUUUGAGAUGAUAAUAUCAAUUUUGAUGGUUGAAUUGUGGAUCCGAGACGUGACCGUCCAUGGAGUUUGGAAUUUGGUUGUAGAGUAAGAUUUAAAUCUGAUUAUAACUUCGAUUGAUUUGAUUGGUGCAGCUCCCGGUAUAAGUGCCUCUCCAUCUGAGGAUAAUAUGCGGUAUUUCAACGUUAUGAUUCUUGGUCCUACACAAUCACCUUAUGAAGGAGGAGUUUUCAAGUUGGAGCUCUUUUUGCCUGAAGAAUACCCUAUGGCAGCUCCCAAGGUUAGGUUUCUCACAAAGAUAUACCAUCCUAACAUUGACAAGCUUGGAAGAAUCUGUCUUGAUAUUCUCAAGGACAAAUGGAGCCCUGCACUACAAAUACGAACAGUGCUCUUAAGUAUUCAAGCUCUUCUGAGUGCACCAAACCCAGAUGAUCCGCUUUCUGAGAACAUUGCUAAGCACUGGAAGAGUAAUGAGGCAGAAGCUGUGGAUACAGCUAAGGAAUGGACCCGUCUUUAUGCAAGCGGCGCAUGAUAAAUUGGAGGGUGAAAACUGAAAAGAUCUCUUUCAUCCAAAUAACAUUACAUUUGCUGAAAUCUAUCUCAACAUCAAAGUUAUAAGAAAGCUUAUAUUUUGCUGGUUAUUUCCCCCCGCCACUGCUCUGUAAUCUCUCUUAAUCACACUGUAUCAUUACUCCUAGGAUCAAUACUCGUUCUUAUAUUUGAAGUUCGUCAAAGUCUUUUGAGUAAAAAAUAUCUAUAUUUCUCUAGUGUCUAAGCUCUGUAAAUUCUAAGUUUCAUCAAAAUCCAUAGGUUACUUACUGAUCAUUGUUGGAAUUUACUUCUUUUACAAAUUGGCAGUGAUGUAGAGAGAGUUUGUAAUUUAUAUACAUUUCCCCGAUGAGGUGAUUCUGUUGUAUUUUU